UGACGUAGAUCUCACGUGACCAAGAGCUGACGUGUGCAGAAGUCCUUCUUGUUCUGGUCCUUGUUCCCGUCUGAGUACCAGCUCCCCAUUGCCCUGAGGGCCAGCGGGCCUGCGGCAGAGGGAAGGAGGAGAAGAAGGAAAUUGUCCCGGAUUCUUGCAGGGGGUCCGAGCCUCUUCUGGGUUGCCAGUCUUUCCGUAGGUUGCGGCACUACGCCAGGCAAGAGAAGAGGAAGGAAAUUAACCCCAAUCGGUGAAGGUCGAUUUGAGGGUCUGCUGUAGCAGGUGGCACCACUUGAAGAGAGGGAGGAAGUUUCCUCGGAUCAGUAGAGAUUAGGAGGGUUGUUGGGCGUGGCACACCUCUAGGGGAGGGAAGAAGGGACAAACUGCCUGUCUGGAGGAGGUCCACCUCCAGUAUCAGCUACUGUGGCCUUGACGUGGCUGAAGACGAUCACCUUCCACAGGCCUGCACGCAGGCCCAUAGCCCUCCUCUCCCAGCCUGACUGAAUACUCUGUUCCUUGGUCCCUGCUAUUGUCAGGGACGAUUGCAUGGGCUACGCCAGGAAAGUAGGCUGGGUGACUGCGGGACUGGUGAUUGGCGCUGGAGCCUGCUAUUGCAUUUAUAGACUGACCCGGGGAAGAAAACAGAACAAGGAGAAAAUGGCUGAGGGUGGGUCUGGGGAUGUUGAUGAUGUUGGGGACUGCCCUGGGGCCCGGUACAAUGACUGGUCUGAUGACGAUGAUGACAGCAGUGAGAACAAGGGUAUAGUGUGGUACCCACCUUGGGCCCGGAUUGGGACUGAGGCCGGAACCAGAGCACGGGCCAGAGCAAGGGCCAGAGCUACCCGGGCUCGCAGGGCUGUUCAGAAACGGGCUUCCCCCAAUUCAGACGAUACUAUUUUGUCCCCUCAGGAGCUGCAGAAAGUUCUUUGCUUGGUGGAGAUGUCUGAAAAACCUUAUAUUCUUGAAGCAGCUUUAAUUGCUCUGGGUAACAAUGCUGCUUAUGCAUUUAACAGAGAUAUUAUUCGUGAUCUGGGUGGUCUCCCAAUUGUAGCAAAGAUUCUCAACACUCGGGAUCCCAUAGUUAAGGAAAAGGCUUUAAUUGUCCUGAAUAACUUGAGUGUGAAUGCUGAAAAUCAGCGCAGGCUUAAGAUAUACAUGAAUCAAGUGUGUGAUGACACAAUCACUUCUCGCUUGAACUCAUCGGUGCAGCUGGCUGGACUAAGAUUGCUUACAAAUAUGACUGUUACUAAUGAAUAUCAGCACAUGCUUGCUAAUUCCAUUUCAGACUUUUUUCGUUUAUUUUCAGCGGGAAACGAAGAAACCAAAUUUCAGGUUUUGAAACUCCUUUUGAAUUUGGCUGAAAAUCCAGCCAUGGCUAGAGAACUGCUCAGGGCCCAAGUGCCAUCUUCACUUGGUUCCCUCUUUAACAAGAAGGAGAACAAAGAGGUUAUUCUUAAACUUCUGGUCAUAUUUGAGAACAUAAAUGACAAUUUUAAAUGGGAAGAAAAUGAACCUACUCAGAAUGCAUUCAGCGAAGGUUCACUGUUUUUCUUUCUAAAAGAAUUUCAAGUGUGUGCUGACAAGAUUCUGGGGAUAGAAAGUCACCAUGAUUUUUUGGUGAAAGUAAAGGUUGGAAAAUUCAUGGCCAAACUAGCUGAGCAUAUGUUCCCAAAGACCCAGGAAUAACUUCUUGUUUGUAGUUUAGAAGCGACACACAUUGUAAACUAGUCCUUUUUCUCCACCUUGUUUAUAUGGUAAAGGAACCCUUUCAGCUGCCAAUUUUGAGUGAUGAAUAUCAUUGUAUCAUCAAUGCUGAUGUUUAACUGAGUUGGUUUUCAGGUCUAAGCUGGGUGAAUGAAUAUCACUACCUGUUCUGAAAACAUGUUUGUUGCUUUUUAUCCCGCUACGUAGAUUGAAAUAUUUCUACUAUUUCUUUUGCGUGACAGUGAACCAUUUGGUCAUAAGUAAGCUCCCUCCUGUCAUUUGCAUUAACUUUGUGUAUCAUCAAUAAAGUUGUGUGUUAAUGUUGAAAAAGAAAGAAAGAAAAAAGAAAGAGACCAUCCUUGUCCUUUGGUUUUAUAAUCUAGUUGGAGAGAUAAGAAAUACACAAACAAAAAGAUAGAAUAUCUGGAGCAUAUACUCAUUGUCAAAUGUGUGUUCUCAGAGGGUAGAGGAAGCAAAGGCUUCUGGGGGAUGUAACAGUCAGCUAUAGAUUCCUGGAGGAAGCCACCUUCUGAAAUAAGUCCAGAAUAGUCUAAGUCAUUAGGCUUUCCAAGAGUGGGAGUGCGGGGACACUAGGCUGAGAAAAGGCAUGGAGGUAGGAAUCCCUUUUCCUAUGACAGUCUACCUAGAGUGGAGAGUGUGGGGAAUGGAAGUUUGGAAAGCUGAGUGAAGUCAGUUUGUGCAGAGCUGUUGGAAUAUUAUCCUACAGAACACCAAGAGCCAUUAAAUAUUUUUGACUAGAAAGGAUAAUUGGAAUUCAUAUAGCAGUCUCUCUCUCACCAGCUGUGCAGUGUCUACAAGGGUGUGGAGAAAUGGAUCCUAUCAAACUCUGGUGGUAGGAAUGAGUUUACACUGAAUUUGUACGGGUUUGUGGUGGGCUAUUUGGUAAUACAGAUAUAAGCCUUCAAGUAUGUAAACCCUUUGUCCUGAGGAAAUAAUUGAAUAAUUGGCUAAAGACUGUAUGUACAAGGCUGUUCAUCCCAGCACUGUCCAAAACAGUAAGAACUGGAAGCAACCUAACUGUCUAACACACUGGAUUGCUUCAAUAAAUUAAGGAACAUUCACAUGGUAUAUAAGAUAACUAUGUUGAGUCAAAUCCAUAUUGCCAGGAAAAGAUAUUCAUUCUACAUUGUUCAAUGAGAAAGGUAGGUUAGAUAGCAGUGUUCAUCGAAUGAUUCAUUUCUUUUUGAAGAUAGUAAAACAUAUUUUAAGGUAGACACAACUAUGGAAUUACAGUUAUCCAAACAGUAGCUGGUAUAUUUGAGUGGAAGGAUAAUUAGUGAUAUUUAACCUUUUUGCUUUUUAUUCAUCUGUGUGUUAUUUGUAUAAAAUGAACAUUGUUUUGGGGGAAAUUUUUGAAAAAGGAAGUGUUGGGAAUGAAGCAGGUGGGUAGUACAUGUGCUGAAUAGAAAACAAUUGAGAUUAAAAAUGAGAUGGGUUGAAGUUUCCUCUCUGCAAUGCUGGAUGAGUGAUGAAGAUGGGGUUUGUCAUGAAGGUUAAAUCACCUUUAUUCCCCUAGAAUGCCGGGUUGAUAGUUUUUUUUUUUUUUUUUUUUUUUUUUUUUGUUGACCUUUGUUUUGCUGGGGGAAUUCUGCCAUGUGUCAGUGUCAUUUAAUAAAUAAUAACAAUAAAGGUUAGCAUUUAUUAAGUGA